UGUAUAAUAUACGUAUUUAUAUAACACGUGUAUAUAUAUUUAUAAAACUGUUUUUUUUCAACAACUUUGUAAGCAAGGUUUUGACAGUGGUGCUCUUUAGACCUUGAACCUUACCAUCAGUGAAAUAACAGCAGCUUGCAUUCCCAAAUGCUGACUUAUGCUCCAGGCACUGUUGGGAUACACAGUUGCUCUGAAAUACUUUCUGAAAGGGAGGGAAAUUUCAGGAUCUAUAAAUUGUACCUUUUUCCCAUGUGUUACCUUCACCAUGCGGCCAAAAUGGCAGGGGAGGUGGUGGUGGUCACAUACAUGUGGUGGGCUUAAGUCUGCUUGUGUGAGGAACAGCUGCUGCUAUUCUUGGGGAGAAAAAAGUGGAAACAGUGCUAUCAGUGGGUUGCUGCAACCAGCUCUCUGGCUGUGGUUUAAGAGAAGCUGAGGAAGGUGAUGGCAUGAAGCAGGCUAAGGAACAGAUUCUGGCCCAUAAGUGCUGGCUGGACAUUUCUGCCUCCUGAGUCUUGGCUCAUUCUGUACAGUCCUUAAAAAAUAAGAGUAAAAACAAGGAAGAUAACAUUUGAUGCAAUGCACAGGACUACUUACCUUUGUGGAACUAAAACUUGUUUUCAGGGUUGAGAAUUUUUGAACCUAAAUGUAUUACACAGUGGAGAACCAGGAACACGGCAUCAGUUAACACUUUACUGCAAGACCUAUUCCUCAGAGCUUAAUUCUCAACAAGGAGCACAAGAGCAAAUAAACUGGAAAUGCUUGGUAUUAGUCAUUUGAAGCAUUUACAGGCUCUGUGACCCAGGAAAGGAUAACUUAUUUUCCUGUUCAUCCCAAAGUUCACCAGGAGAUGUGGUGAAUGCCCUGUCUCUAGAGGCAAGGCCGGAUCAGGUCCUGGGCAACCUGAUCAAGCUGUGCAUGUCCCUGUUCAUUGCAGUGAAGCUGAAACAGAUGACAUUUAAAGGUCCCUUCCAACUCUAAGGAUUGUAUGAUUUUGGGUGGACAGGAAAUGUUUGUAUCUUCUCUCCUCUCACCUUUCUGUUCCAUCACCUUGAGAUAAUUUGUGAAUAAACUUCAUACAUGUAAUAUGUAUUUUUUUGGUGAACUAGGAGAAUUAUUUCUUGUCACUUCUUUCAGCCGCUUAUUCACAGUUCUAGUGUUACCAUAUGAAUUUUCUUGAAAAGCUAAUCAGUGUGGCCCAGUGCAAAUUUGAUAAUACUUCUGGCUUCUCUAUAAGAUCUCAUAUAGGUAAUGAAGAAAUGGUCUACUUUUGUUUUAACAUUCCUUAAAACAGAGCUGUGGUGUUUUGUUCUUGAGUUUUUAAUACUAGCAAUAUUAAGGUGCUGUUAGAGGCUGCGAAACACUAAAUAUUUUGUAUGGCUCCCAGCUAUAUGGAACAAUAGUCACUUUACUGAAACUUGCUACCAAUAUAAAUUAUUUUAUUUGUAUUCAUCUAGAAGGACUAAAACUUAUAGCUAAACUUCCAAAUUUCAGACCUGUGUGACUUUGAACUAGUUUUUAUUUAAUUUUGAUUCAAGUACAGAUACUAAUUCCUGCAGUCUCUCUUCAUGUUUGGAAAUUGUUUGGCUCUACUGUUUCCCUUUCACUCUUGUUGAUGCAUUUUAUUGUUAUCUAGUGUGAGAAAAGAAGAAAACAUGUCCAUGAGUGAGGAUAGAACAUCCCAUUAGUGUGAAAGUACAUAACGUUUUUAGAUGAAAGGGAAUAUGAUGUAGCAGCCAAAGCCAAAUGUUUAAUUUUGAACUGAUUUGCUUAUUGCAGACAGAUUUUUAUUUAUUUAUUUUUUUUUUUUUGCAGAAAAGUGGGGGCUGUGGAGAAAUUUCUGGCAGAAGAUAAAACGAUAGAAGGGGAUUUAGGGAAAAGAUCACUUUUGUUGAAGCACUGGAGUUGAGAGUAGUUUACUUUUUCUUGGUUUUGGGUAACAGUUUCUAUGGGAAAACUCAGGUUUACUUUCAGAAGCGUACUUUCCAGAGCAGCAGCUCUAGUGCAGUGGAAAAUCAUGUUAGGGCUAACAGCCAUGCAAUGACUUCCUCACUUACCCUUAUCUGGGUAAGCAGUGUUACAGCAGCUGAACUGCGAGGUAAGAGUUCAGAAUAAAGUGCAUCUUUUUCGUGUGCUUAUGGAAAUCUGUGUUCUGUGGAGAGUGUUUUGCAGAAACGCUCAUAAAUUAGAAAAAAUAAAAUCCUUCUUCUCUGUCCCGUUCUCUGAAUGGUGUUUCUUUUUGGUAUAGGCACGUACCCCUCCCCUUAGGGGAAUUAACAGACUUCCUGCUGUAGUCAUGUGGUAGAGCAUUCACAAGUACUACUUUUUUUCUGAAAGGCACUCACUCAAGCUGGAGGAAGAUACGUAAGAAAUAUUUUGUUAAAAGAAAUGAAUGCUGCCAACAUUCCAGGACAAGAGCGCAGUCUUGACUUAAAUAUAAAUGAUUUUGAAGAUCUGUAGGAUAGAUUGGCUUGAGACCCAUUUUAUUGGGAAAGAAGGACUCCAUGAAAGAUGACAGAAGAAGUUAUUGUUAUUGCAAAGUGGGAUUACACUGCACAGCAGGACCAAGAACUUGACAUCAAGAAAAAUGAGCGUCUUUGGCUAUUAGAUGAUUCCAAGACAUGGUGGAGGGUAAGAAACGCGGCCAACAAAACGGGAUAUGUGCCAUCAAAUUAUGUGGAGCGAAAAAACAGCUUGAAGAAAGGUUCUCUGGUUAAAAAUCUGAAAGACACGUUGGGCUUAGGAAAAACAAAAAGAAAGACGAGCGCACGAGACGCCUCGCCCACUCCCAGCACAGAUGCAGAGUACCCUUCCAAUGGCAGCAGCGCAGACCGCAUCUAUGACCUCAACAUUCCUGCCUACGUCAAAUUUGCCUAUUUGGCGGAGAGAGAGGAUGAACUGUCCCUUGUUAAAGGGUCUCGGGUCAUUGUCAUGGAGAAGUGCAGUGAUGGCUGGUGGAGGGGGAGCUACAAUGGACAGAUUGGCUGGUUUCCUUCGAACUAUGUGGUGGAGGAAGUUGAGGAGGCCACAGCAGAUUCACCGAGCUUUCUGAGCUUGAGGAAAGGCGCUUCCAUGAGUAACGGCCAGGGCACCAAAGUACUCCACGUUGUUCAGACACUGUAUCCAUUCAGCUCCGUCACAGAAGAAGAGCUCAAUUUUGAAAAGGGGGAAACAAUGGAAGUCAUUGAAAAGCCAGAAAACGACCCAGAAUGGUGGAAAUGUAAAAAUUCCAGAGGGCAAAUUGGUCUUGUUCCUAAAAACUAUGUAGUAAUCAUUAGCGAUGGUCCUACCAUUAACACUUCCCAUCCACCUCAGAUAAGCUACACGGGACCAUCUUCUACCGGACGAUUUGCUGGAAGAGAGUGGUAUUAUGGGAAUGUUACCCGACAUCAAGCAGAAUGUGCCCUAAACGAGAGGGGAGUGGAAGGAGACUUCCUUGUUAGAGAUAGUGAAUCUUCGCCCAGUGACUUCUCAGUAUCUCUAAAGGCAUCGGGGAAGAACAAACAUUUCAAGGUGCAGCUCGUGGACAAUGUCUAUUGUAUUGGGCAGCGUCGCUUUAAUACUAUGGAUGAGUUGGUGGAACACUACAAAAAGGCUCCCAUCUUCACCAGUGAACACGGGGAAAAGCUAUAUCUUGUGAAAGCACUUCAGUGACGAUGAAGAUGGACUUGGCCACCCAGGCCUCUUCUAACUUCCAAGCCUUAGGUCCUAAAAUCACUUUUAUAGAGCAGAGCAAUAUCCGAAACAGGCUUAAAGAGUAGGCUCUUUCUAACGUGUUUGCUCUGUUGGUUGUUAUUUGUCCUUUUUCGUUUGCCUACUUUUGUGUUUCAGUUCUGUUAAUCUCAGAUCACCUCCCUUCAGGUUGAGAAGUUCACCUUUGUGGCCAUUGUAAGCACUCACUUCCAUGUCCGAGUUCUAAACUCCCCUCUUCUGUGUACGUUUACAUACUUAGCUCGGAUAAAGGAGGGGGGUUUGCAAUUCAAUCCAGUGUUAACCUGUUCAAAUUGCUCACGCAGACAGACAGAACUCUUCAUUAAGAGACAUCGGGCACAGUUUGAAUGCACUGAGGCUGCAGCUAAGUAAGUGAGAUAUAGUAGACAUAACAGUUGUGGCUGUGAGUUCUGUAGCUAUAUUGCUUACCAGGUAGUAUAUUACAAAAACUCCUAGUUCCUAGAAGCACUCUUUACACUGUACUCUGCUAUUACAUUGCCUCUCUGACUCUUUGCAAAGAGUACACUAAUUAAAGCGUUUUGUAAUAGUACUUCUUAAACUACUAUGGUAAGAUUGUAGUAAAAGAAAACUAUCUAGUGUAUUUUGGUCUGUAAUUGCAACAAAGAGAAAUUUUAUUUGAAAGUUGAUUACUAAAGAGAGAAUCAUUGAAUUGUAAAGACUGAAUGUUCUGGUAAUCUACAACCAAAUGUGCCAUCCACAUAAUGCUUUUUUCCUCUUGCCCUUCUGCUUGUUUGAAUUAAACAAUUAUGUAUUUAAUUCUCAAAGUAAUAUGUAUCUGUAGCUGAUUGUUGACACUAAUACAGAAGAUUAAUAAAAACUGAUCAGGGGACAGGGUGGGGUGGGCUACCAACACUAUAUAUAUAUUUGCUUUACAGAAAGGAAUCUUCAGGUUUUACAGAGGAUGGUGUGAUUGGUAGGAAGAGACACACAGAAUGUUUAUGAAGAAAAUGCUUUUUUUCUCUUUUCUUUACAUUUAAACUCCUUUACGGUUUAAAUAUACAGACUUUAGAUGGCACACUCCUGAGAUUGAAGAAGGGAUCUUGAGAUCUCAAAAUCUUGCGUACUCAGUUUUUUGGAUAUUGUAAUAAAAAAGGUAUUAUGUCA